AUGCACACGCUUCCGCAAAAGGCCAGAGACGCAAUUGCGAACAUUCUUCCGUCCGACGAGAUCUUGGAACCUUCGUCGGAGCUCUAUGCCAAAGAGUCAAAGACGUGGGCAGCCCAGAAACAAAAACAUCCUGCUGUCGUUGUCCGGCCUGGAAACACAGAGAGGCUGCAGAAACUCGUGCCUUAUCUGUAUGACUCGGGCCUUGACUUCGCUAUCCGCUGCGGCGGCAUCGGAUCCAGCUCCGCCGAAGAUGUUGUCUUGAGCAUGAAGCAGUUCGACUCGUUCAAGUACAAUCAAGAGGACCGGACUGUCGUCGUUGGCGCUGGCCAGACAUGGGGCGACAUUGAGCGGAAGCUGGAAGAGGCGGCCCCGGGCCGCAUUGUUGUCUCAACCCGUGUGCCGUGGGUCGGAGUCGGCGGGUCCACUCUCAGCGGAGGCCUUUCCUGGGUGGGCACGCAGUUCGGUCUGGCUGCAGACCCCCAGAACAUGCUCGACGUGGAGAUUGUGCUCCGCGAUGGGCGAAAGCUAUGGGCUUCAAGCGAGCCUGACCUGCUGUGGGCGCUGCUCGUCACUGCCUUCCAUUUCCGCACGUAUCCGUACUCGACUUCCAUCCUCUCUGGCUACAUCUCGUUCCCCCCAAGCUCUCUUGAAGCCGUGUCCCACGGCGUUUCAGCGCACGCGGCUCGACCGGUCGACCCGCUCGUUUCAUUCCACUGCCUGAUCGCAAUCGUGGAUGAGAAACUCCCUAGCCAAAGCUCUUGGACCGAGUCGGCGGAUCAAAGCGACUCGAGCGGCAUCAACGUCGGCAUCUUCAUUUUCGAUGCCAGGGGCGAAGAGCAUGGUCGCAGCGAACAAGGCUUCAAGUGGGCGUUUGACAUUGCCGGGGCGGUGGACAAGACCACUGUCGUCAACAGUCUCCGAGAGGUGAAUGAACUUCAAGGGGGGAAUCAACAUCUGGUCGGGGUCAUGAACAGCUACGGGAACGCCUGCCUUGCCUCUGAAAUCGAUCCCGAGUUUGUCCUGCGCGGCAAAAACUGGGUGGAAAGCAUGGCCAAGAUGGACUCCAGACUGGGCCCAGGAACGUUGUUCCUUCUCGAGGUGAUGCCUGGGGAUUCGUUCCACGCCACCUCAGGGCCCGAGGAGACGGCAUGGCCGCACUCUUCCGUCUGCCACGUCCUGCAGCUCCUGACUGGGAGCCACCCGGAUUCAAGCUGCCCGGAAGAGCUGGCAACGCACGCCAUGGCCAUGGCGCCCUACGUUAUAAAGAAGUCACACUCCAAGGCAGACUUCUUCCCCAACUUUCUCGAGUCGCUCAAUGAUCGCAGUGCAAUUUUUGGCGUCAACUAUCCCAAACUGCAGCAGAUCAAGAAGAAGUACGACCCGAAGGCCAGGUUCAACAAGGGCUCGUGGAUUCCUCUUCCUGGGGAAGCUCCACGAUCUCACAUUUGA